CGCUCUCACCACCAUCUGACUGACUGUUGGUUUCACAUGCACGCCUUGCCCUGUGACGACGCAUCUCCCGCCCAGUCACUUGUCCAAGCAGUACCAACGCAAUCAGCAUGUCGGCGUCAAGGGCCCGAGCGCACCUCUUUUGGGAAGGUGCGAGCUCGCAAUUUCAUGCCCAAAACAGACAAUGUAGUCUUGGCAUAUAAUCAGAACACAACCACAAACAAAAAUGGUUGAUAGUGCGGACAAAAUAGUAUAUAGAAGCAUGAAGGUAACCGUGAAUUGUUCCUUGUCCUCCAAGUCCCUGCACAAUCCAAAUUUCGCCUUCAAAUUUCUUCCAAUAUUAAUAUCUGCUUCUUCAUCCGAAUUCGGUUCGAAGGGUACCAUGAAGCCUGCCCAUCAUGUCUCCAUGAUUCCAAGGAGCUGUAGGAUAGUAUUUAAGGAUCGAAGAUACCCAAAGAGCUUAACAACCUCUCCCCGCUUUCAAGGAUUACAUCAAUCAACAAGAACAUUCAAGGACUCAUCAAAAACAUCGCCCUCCUCAUCACUAAACGCAAGUCAGCAAGCAAAGAACCCAUCGGACCCGUCUUUCAACCUCCUGCAACAGAUUCGCGAAGCGCGUCCAGCAGUGCGCUAUACUGUUUAUGCCGGCGUAGGUUUGAUGGCCACGGCAGAAUCAACGUUCUGGUUCAACGUCAUCAAAGCGAAAUACUUCCCAUCAGCAUCUCAAGACGUAAGAGAGAAGGGCGAUGAGUUUUUGGACAACAUUAGUAGUGCGGUCAAGGGCUUUAGAAAGGUAUGGAUGAGGAACUAUGGAAGGUACUGUGGCGCGUAUUUGUGGGGACUGGGGUACGGAGGACUCGAUGGUCUGGAGGACGAGCGGCAAUGACGAACGCCCGCAUACUGCAUAUGCGAGGCGAAUGUCAGCUUGUCAAAGCAGGUCAGCGUCUGGCAAAGCGGUGGUGCAGGCUACCUUGCCACGGUAGGGCAACGUUGCCCCUCUUUUCAGCCCCAGGCCCUGUCUGUUCGCAUAAAUUGUCACCAUUUCCCUCCAACGUCUGUUGACGAACAUCCACUUCUGCUCGAGAUAUCUUUCCACGACUGUAAUAUACCUGCUAAUUGCUGAAUCAAACUUGAGAAUGGACUUUCAAUUCGAUCUACCCGUUUCGUCACCGUUCCUCCAGAACAUGCAACUCACCACAAUGGGGCCGAAUGAUCUUGACUGUACGUGUUUUGUCUGGAAUACGAUCCGAGCCUAACGGAA